UUGCAGCCUUGCAGUACAGCUAGCCAGAGUCAGGGAGACAGUCUUGGUAAUUUCGACUGACCCAGCUCACAAUAUCUCUGAUGCUUUUGACCAGAAGUUCAGCAAAGUUCCAACAAGAGUCGUCGGCUUUACAAACUUAUAUGCAAUGGAGAUUGAUCCGAACCUGGGAAUGGCGGACCUGCCAGAUGAGUACUUUGAAGAUGAAAGUGUAAUGGGCAUGGGAAAGGCCGUGAUGUCAGAGUUGCUUGGAGCAUUUCCGGGAAUAGAUGAAGCUAUGAGCUAUGCAGAAGUUAUGAGGUUAGUCAAGAGUAUGAAUUUCGAUGUGGUCGUGUUUGAUACGGCCCCAACAGGUCACACCCUCCGACUCCUCUCGUUUCCUGCAGUGGUGGAAAAAGGUCUAGGGAAACUAUUGAAGCUGAAGUCACAGUUCACCCCUUUCAUUUCGCAAGUUGGAUCUAUGCUUGGAAUGGCAGAUUUCAGUGCUGACCAGAUGUCUAGCAAAUUAGAGGAGACACUGCCAAUUAUUCAACAAGUGAAUGAGCAAUUUAGAAAUCCAGACCUGACUACGUUCGUGUGUGUGUGCAUCUCGGAGUUCCUCUCUCUCUACGAGACGGAGAGACUCGUGCAAGAGCUCACGCGAUGCUCCAUCGACACGCACAACAUUGUCGUUAACCAGCUGCUCUUCCCUAGACAUGGUCAGCUGGAGUGUAAGCUGUGUUUUGCUCGACACAGGAUCCAGUCAAAGUACUUAGAUCAGAUCAAGGACCUCUAUGAGGAUUUUAACAUCACCAAACUGCCACUUCUUGACCACGAGGUGCGUGGAUGUGAACGCGUGGUGGCCUUCUCUGAUCUUCUGCUUGAACCCUACGACCCCGACAAAACGAACGACAGCUAGUGGCGACCUCUACGUACCCAGCGAUUGCUGCGUCAAACCCGGAUCGCACCGUUUUGGCGACACUUCAGUUUGUUUUUUCAAUUCUGCGCGUCGCUGGUGGCGAAAGUGACUCUGGAAUGUAGUGUCGUUGGGUUUUGCAAAUGCCAUUUGCUUGUGCAGUUGGACAGUUUUAUUAAAUUUUGCAGUGCAAAUUUAAAGCGACCCUGCCAGUAGAGUGGUUAUGUUGGAAGUAUGAAAUGUUUUGUUGAAAGUCUGUGAGUCAGGAUGUUGGUAUCUUACAGUUUCUCAUUAUCGUUAAUAAUGUUGUCAUUAUAAAUCCAAGCUGUAGUGCAGUUGGUCUGUAGCUUUCAUAGCUGCUUCACAAUACAGUUUUCAUAAAAUUUGUUAUAAUUGGAUCCAUAAUUGAGAAUAUGGUAUAGAUAAUAGAUUUUUAAUAAAGAGAUAAUCAAAUGCAUGUUAUUUUACAUUCAAAUUGUGAAUGCUUCAUCUUCGUCUGCAGACAAGGUCAUCUGGUUUAUACUGCAAUGUGUGGUAUUCAAGCUUGGUGGAAUGAGAAUCAGUCACAGAGAAUUGUUGCAUCAUAUCAUGCAGCUUUCUUUUGUAGUACAGAAAUACUGUACUACUUAUAAAUACUGUAGCCAUCACUGAUGAUUAGGCUUAGUUCAUGAAAAAGGUACAAGUCUGUGUACACCUCGAUACUGCAUCAUGGUGUCUGGCUGCAUUCUCAUCAAGUUCGGCUUUUGUUUUGGUAUUUUAUUUACGAACAAAUUUUGUUUUGUAUGUUUCAAUAGUGCAGCACGAGGCUUUCCUAUGAUUAAUCCUCCUUCAACGGUUUCUAUUCACGAGUGGUACUACAUGAUGAUCAGGAGUGAAUAAAAACCCAAAAAAAGUUUUUAUUUACUUCUUAUAUGAUCAUAAAGCAAUGCAGGGUUUACCAUUCAUUGUUGAUUAACUGAUUAACAUGUGACAAAUCCAGCCCCCCACCUAUAUGGGCUGUGCUUAUCAUAAAUACUAUUGUUGAAGUACUCAGUACUUCACAGGCGAAGUUUCAUUGGAAUUGCGUGAAUCAUGACUGUGCAUGUUUUUGUGGCCUGUACCAGGUGCUUACUUGUGGGUAACUAUGGAAUUAACAGAUUCUGAAAUGUGCAUGGUGCAAGUUUGUGUGCCAGUGAGGUAAACAGUCUCAGACUUGUUAUUCUAUGAUGUAUACCACUUUGUUGCAAUCCUACAGAUGUUUUGUAGUAAAAUGGCAUUUGUACAUCACUGUACGUUCAGGUUGUGGAUGCCAGCAUUGUGUACAUGUGGGUUACUAAUUAAAAAAAAAGACUUAUUUAUAUUAUCUGA